UCACGUGCGGAUGACGCGACGGCCACAGUCACGUGCCGCCGCCGCCAUGCUGUCCCGGCUGCUGAAGGAGCACCAGUCGCGGCAGAGUGAGCGGCGCGAGCUGCAGGAGCGGCGGCGCAGGGACGCGAUCGCGGCUGCCACCCGGCUCACAGAGGCACUGGUGGAUCACCUGAAUGUGGGCGUGGCGCAGGCCUAUGUGAACCAGCGCAAGCUGGACCACGAGGUGAAGACGCUGCAGGUGCAGGCAGCGCAGUUCGCCAAGCAGACGGGGCAAUGGAUCACCAUGGUGGAGAACUUCAACCAGGCCCUCAAGGAGAUCGGUGACGUGGAGAACUGGGCGCGCAGCAUCGAGAUGGACAUGAGGACCAUUGCCACCGCGCUGGAGUACGUCUACAAGGGGCAGCUCCAGCCCCCCUGCUCCUGAAGCACCCGGACCCGCUCCCGAACCUCUCCCCGCCCCCAGCACCACAAUAAAGGCUGCUUGUGCCGUGGCCCCCUC